GUUUGUUGUUUUUUUGUUAAAAAAUAUUGUUUAAAAUUCACAAUAUUUCGAAAUAAGUGCUUAAUUUCAUCUUGGGAGAAUAUGGCAUCGACAAGAAACUGGGGCUUCUGUGACCUAUCCCUCGGUAAAAAAUACGACGUCAAUAAGUUAUAUUUCUUAGAGAGACUUGGUUACAACACAGUUGCUAUAAACACGCAUGUUGAAGAACCCAGUGAAGAACCAAAGAAGAAAAAGAAAAAAGGCGAAGCUAGGGAAUUUCAAGAUUACAUACCUGCUCCGGUAGAAAUUCCUGAAGAUGUAAAAGAAAACUUGAAACUUCAUAUUCUUCAACGUGUAACAAUAGAGUUCUCCGAGUCUAGCAUUGCCCAUAAAAUUAAUCGGUCUGAAAAUAUCAAAAAGUAUGAUUUUGUUGCUGUAGUGCCGAAAACAUUGCAAGCUUUUCAAUAUGCCUGUGGCACUUUAGACAUUGAUAUAAUCAGUUUCAACCCUGAGACAAGAAUACCUUUCAAAGUUAGCCGUAAACUUUACCGACAAGCUGUAGAUCGAGGAAUUUUCUUCGAACUCAUGUACUCACCAGCUAUCAGAGAUACAACGGCGAGGAAAAAUAUUAUAAGUACAGCGCACAUGUACCAUGCAGUUGGCAAGUCUAAAAACAUAAUUGUGACCAGUGGAGCGGAGGACUCUUCACAAGUUCGCGACGUGCACGACGUCAUCAACUUGGGAUUUAUCUUAGGACUGAACAGUAGCCAGAGUCUAGAAGUUACCAGAUCCAACACUAGAAAGCUGAUUGUAAAGGCUGAAGGAAGAAAGUGUGGGAAACUGUAUAUGACUGUUAGAACUCUAACUGAAAAUGAUGAAAAUAAAACACCUGCCUCCUGAA